AUGGAGACUCGCUGGAUGCUACACGCCAUUGAAGGCACCGGUCCAGAGAAGCUGCGGGAGAUUGGGCUCCGCGCUCGUGAAUACAAAAAGUUCUUUCAAGCUUGGGAGAAGCUGCACUUGGUGGAAGGCGGACCUGAGGCGACAUUCAUCAGGUCCGACAUGGUGCCAUACAUGCGCCGCUACUUUUCGAAAACCGCUGGCAAGCUGGCCGACGCUGGUGUUGAGCAAUCAAUCAACGCAUACGGGAAGUACAAGGCUUUCAUGUGCAAAUUUGAGCAAUUGAUGGCUGGCUGGACGGCACCAUACUUUGCCGAUCAUAUGACGUUGCACUUGAACCUGAAGUACGGAGGGCGAGGCAUCGUUGUCACGGCCGGCAAUGCCCAGGUACCACACUUGAAGACGCUUGUUCAUAGUUUACGAGAUGUAGGAUGCACCCUGCCCAUCGAAGUCAUGUACCUAGACGACCAAGAUCUCGACGUCGACGUGCAAGCGGAACUUGCAGCCCUCGACGGCGUCACAACCCGGGAGAUCGCACCAAUGGUGGAUGACAAGGGCUGGAAAUUGGCUGGCUGGGCCGUGAAGGCCUAUGCAAUCAUGUAUUCCAGUUUUCGAGAGGCCAUCUUCAUCGAUGCAGACAGCCUUUUCUUCAAGGAUCCGGCGACUCUGUUCGAGGAUGAGGACUAUCAGAGAACGGGUGCGCUGUUCUUCAAAGACCGGGUACUGUGGCGCGAGUGGAAGCAAGACUGGCUCAAGAAAGUUCUGCCUAAGCCGAUAUCGUCAAAUGUUCUUGCGAGCCGGUAUUGGAAGGGAGAGAGCGGCCAUAUGCAAGAGUCUGGGGUCGUGGUGGUAGACAAGUGGCGCCAUUUCAUUGCCAUGCUCAUUGUUUGUCGUAUGAAUGGCCCUGAGAGAAACGGGAACAAGGAUCAGGGCACCGUUGGCGUCUAUGAUAUGGUUUAUGGUGAUAAGGAGACAUUCUGGCUAGGCUGGGAACUCGUGGGCGAUACGGAUUACGCCUUUCACCGCGGUCGUGUCGCUGUUAUGGGCGUGGCGGAAGAGGCCGAAGCCGAGAAGCCUCCCACUGAAGAGCUCAAGAGGUCAGGAGCGGCGACCGAGCCCGACAUGGAACCGUCAGUCGCGUACACAGUGUGCGCGCCACAAUUACUACAUCUUGGCGCAGACGGAAGCCCGCUCUGGUUCAACGGCGGUCUUUUGCAAAACAAGUUUGUCGACAAGAAGGAAUGGGAGUUUGGAAAUUUUCGAGAAUUCGUCACUGAGCCCGAGAAGGCGUCGACGACGACUUGGAAAUUGCUGGGCGCCAACAAGGCGUGCCUGACGGGCGAAGCCGGCUUCAAGCACGCACUGAGCACGUCUGAGAGCGAGGCGGUUCAGAUGAUGAUGGAUCACGCCAAGAAGUUUCUGUGA